AUGACUUCGAGUCGGGGGUUCUCCAUAUUUGUUGCGUUAAUCUUCGUGAAUUCUUGUUUUUCUUCGGCAACUGAAGUAAAUAUGGAAGGAACAGGCUACAUUACCUACGAUCUUCGUUCCAAUAUCAUCGCAUCCCUAACAAACCAUAUCGUAUUUUCGUUUAAAACGUUCCGUCCUUCUGGAUUAUUGCUUUACAGCAGCGGGUCUCAGGGAGAUUUUAUAUCUAUUGAGCUCAUUCAUGGACGAUUGAGGUAAGCACAGUUCAUUUGAAAUUGCUGUUAAAAUUGGGACAGUUGGUAAAACUCGAUUCUAUACAAAAAACGAUGUCAAAAACAUCGAGGCAUAGUUUACGCCGAAGAAUUAAAAAGCUCUUGAACUAAACGAUCGAUGUUUAAAACGAGUACGAGUAUGUCCACCAAUGGGCAUGAUUUUUUUCUCGACUUUGAGCUAGACUAUCUCUAACGCAAAAGUUGCUUCGAAAGAGAGCCUCUCCCCUUCAAUAUAGUUUUCUGUCAACUUCAGAGAAGUUUUUUUAAAAGUUUGUAGCGUCAAGCUAGGUAAACAAAGACCAGAAAUCUUGUGUAUCAUGUUUUAAUUGCUUUGAAAAGAGGUGAAAAUUAGUCAACCAAAGAAGUGAGAUGUUUUCAAUUUGAACAAAAGUAGAUGAUCAAUAGCUCAGCGUUUCUAAUAAGCCUCACAGAAUUGUUGAUGAUGCAUUGUUAUCUCGGCGCAUAUCAAGCCUUAUAUUUCACUUAGUGACUAAGAGAUGCAAAUUGAUUCUUGGUCAUCGACAGAUAGUCAAACGCUCUUUCUCACGUAACAUCGAAGCUGGCCAAGAAUUCAACUUAACCAAUAAUUGUAGACCAUGACGCUUUCUUUGACUGAGUAGAAUAUCAUUCAGCUGUCGAGAAAGCCUUGUUAGAUAACCAUACUGGAUAGAAUGACAUAUUCAAUUAAACAUGGGAACAUCUCAUUUAACAAAUCUGAAAAUGUUUCUUCCGUCCAUGAGAACAAUCAAUGUCGUCAGGAAAAUUUUCAGUGAGGAUUUCUUUAUAUAAAUGACUAAUAUAACACGCAGAUAACAAUUUUAACAGAGAGUGCAUGCAGGAACACAGUUUCUUCUCUGAAAAUUGUUUUUGCAAUUACCAGGUGGUAUCGGAGUAAUUAAAGUGUGAAAUAAACCUCAUCAUUACCAUGUGAAGAUUUGAGCUUGAAGAAAAACCUACUUGAUGUAAACCAUCGUUUUGCACUGCAAUCGUGAUUGUUUUUUUCUCUUUAUCUUGAAUCGGUGUUCACCAUAUAUGCAAACGGUGUAUUUAUUAGGAAGCUUGCACAAAAACCCAGUUUAGAUAUCUUUAGCACUCUUUGUUUACCUGCCAAAUAACACAAUGUGUAUUUUUUUGCAACGUUUUGGUUUUAGUCACCUGUCGCAAGAGAAAAAGACAAAAAGAACCUGAAAGAAAGAUAAACCGAGGGAUAAUUACACAAAGGCACGCGCCCAAUUAUUGUAAUAGUACCUGUUAAGACGGUGAAGACAGAUUGAAAUGUGCUGUGAAUUUUAUUCUUACUUCGGUCAUAAACAUCAAAGGUAAUGUUACGAACGGGACCACUAAAUUUUAGCAGAUAAAGAAUUUGUAAGAGUCAAGAAAACCAUGUCAACUUUUUGUCCUUGAUCACUCGUUCCUUCCCAGACAUAGGGCACACUUUGCAACUUUGUUAUCUUGUAACAUCUCUUUUUCGUAGAAAAUGAAACCCCUUAUUUUGGAGAGCGAAGGACGCUAUACACUAGUAUUUUCCAAAUCAACUGGGGUCGGCAACAACAAAUAAAAUUAGUUUGAACUCUUUCCGUGCUUGCUUCGAUGAAUAAACGAGGGGAAAUAUAGGAAGGGAGCUUGAAUUUAUCGCCAGUUGAUAGAAAUUGUGCUAGACAAUUUCAACUCAACCAUCCCGUCUGAAAAUCCUCCUUAUCAAAAAAAACCUAAAUUUGUCUUUUAUGUAUUUCAGCUGCCUGUGAAUGAACACACUGCUAUUGUUUCGUUACUGGCGAUAGAAAGGUUUAUUGAUUCGCAACUCAUUCGGAUUAGGGUGUGCCAAACUAUUGCGAUAAGUUUUGUAAGACAGCGUCAUAAGAGCUCCUUAAUUACAUAAACUUCAAAUAUGUAAAAGGAACCUUGAUGAAAGAUGAAUUAGAGUGAUAAAUUUUUCUCUUUUGUAUCGUCAGAAUAAAAAAAUCAAACAAAACCCAUUCAAAUAGUAGUUUUACGUUAUAGCGGACCUCCCACGAACACCGAGCAAGUGGGGUCCUAUACCUAAGAUAAUAUGAAAAAGUUAGAUAGCCAUAAAAAAACAAAAACCGCGAUAAAUAGCAUGGGAAAUUUUAGAUAAAAUCUUUUCGUAAUUACACUCGAAAAGGUUUCUGUUACAAACUAUGCAAUGCUCGACUUUUCCGAUUAAAAUAUUUCCGUUGAUCAGAAUCGGUUGAAAGUUAUGAGUAUACAUUAUUACCAUUAUUAUGUCUAAGACCGCUCCACGCCGAGUGACGAGGAUAAAUAACGUCGAUAAAACUAAUUGACCUCCUUUAUUGAAUUCAUGAAGAUAAAACUAGCGUCAAUAUCUUCUUUGCAUUUUAUUUCAAAACCCACUUCAAUUUGUGGAGCAUCCGACCACGAAAACAGCGUCUUUCAAGGUAAUAUCCUUUUGCAGAUGUCCCAUGCCCGUGACCUAGUUGGAUUGCCGCGCUGAGUUCAAAUUCAUAGGGCGCUUGUGGCAUCGUUGAUCUAACUAGUAUGACGGAGUUUUCGUGGGCGAAGUAAAUGGCUAAGCGUAGAAACGAAUUCUUUGCAGUUCGAUUCGUUAAGAACCGCGUUUUCGCUAAUACGACUGAAACACUCACAACAAGCAUACUCCUGACUCAACGUCAUCUUAGUUCUCUUCUACGACUGCCCUAGAGGAAUAUUUUUCUUCCACCGAAUAAACGGUACUCCUUUCCAGCUCUAAAUUGCAAUGAUACUGUGGGACUAUGGAAACACUGAAAGUUAGGAAAAUAUCAGCAGAAAAACUAACUUUGAAUAGUGUUGUACUCUGCCGGUCUCCACUAUUACUAUCAUUAGACUUAGACUAAGGUUGUCCUGGUUUUGUGGUUUUGCGAUAAUAUGCGCGUGAACCAAACACAAUUAUCGGCAAUUUUAACAAUUAAUCAUUUAACGUUUAGUUUGUAAACAAACACUUAAGGAACUUAUAAAAUUUAAUCUUAAUUGCUGUACGUGCUCGUAAAGCAGUUAUAGGAUUUCCAGUUGGUCUCCGUGAUGAGGGUGUAUCACCUCAAGCUAAGUGGAAUGAAAAGAUGAGGAAAUUUCCUACAUAUAUGCAAGGUUUUCAUUGUGAACUUCAUGUUCAUGAAAUCAAAGUAGGUCUUUUGCCGGACACUUACAAUCUCUCUGCUCUCGUGACCGACGCACCCUGUUGACCUAGGUGCAGAUUUAUCCUUUGUUUUUUCUUUCACCUGUUUUCAAACGUGCUGAAGACUAAAGUCAGCUCUUUGCCGCAUAAUAGUUGAGGACAUUUCCAAGAGGCUUUGUUAAGAAUUUCUUUCACUGUGAUUAUUUCCGACGUUUCCCAUAAAAAGUCUCAUGAUCGAAAUUCCUCUAUUUUAGGGUUUCAUCUUUGUACAUGUAAAAUUUUGCCCUACAUACACAUAUUCUGCAUAGACUGACAGCACGGUAUCCAUGGUAUCUCGUUAUAAAUCUUUCUAUAUAUAUUACAGUAUAGAUAGAGAUUUGACAACUAACAACAAAAAAACACAAAAUCAACCUUCUAAAAAUUGCUCAGAUUUAAAAUUGUUGGCUGAUCAGUCGAAAACCAGCGAAUCCUGGUCUAUUUUCCGAGGGCAGUUAAAUGCAAAUAAAAUGUUUAGGGUUAUCAGCUCGACUUACAAUUGCUUUUUAAAUGAUUGCUUUAAAUUCGUCUCUGCCACGGAAGAAGGACUUCGAAAUUCGUCUUUUACUCUUGGGCAGUUUUGUUUCUUUGUUAUUUGUUUUUUUUUCUUUUAAUCACCUUGCCGCAAAAGCGAAGUCGCGUCAUGCUGAUCAAUCAAUUUACUUUUUAGGAUCUCACUCACUGACAACAGCCAAAGUUACAUAAUUAUUAGGGAAGCAAAAUUUAGUAAACAAAUACAUAGCUCUCAAAACCUCCAGAAUUCCUUUGGAUCAAUUUGCUCGGUAAAAAAACGAUUUGUGAGAUUGACAUGGCCUCUCGGCCAAGGAAACAAUAAAGAAUUAACUACCCCUCAAUUCGUAUUUAUUUGGAUACCAAAUGUUCUUAGACUUACAAAUGAUUUAUUGAGGUGCCGGGCCUCCGAAAAAAAAAAAAGCAUGUGCACUUUAUAACCGGGAAAGACUGCGCAUUUCUUGAAAUGGCAACUUCUCGUUUAAAACGCUUCAAAUAACUUGCAUUUAUGAACUUUCUGUAAGGUUUACUAUCAAUCUGGGAAGUUCCACCGUAUCGGGAGAACACUCAGUACUUGUUGGCAAUAACUUAGCGGACAACAAAUGGCAUGAGGUUCAAGUGGAUCGAAACAAACGAACACUUGUGGUAACUGUUGAUGAUGUCAGAAGCCAAUCAACCACACCAGGCUCUUUCGUUCGACUUGAUCUUGACUCAUUCCUCUACGUGGCAGGCCUGGAUACGAGUGAGACCUCUAAUCUACACGGAGCGCCAACUACUCCGAAUUUUAACGGCUGUUUGAGGAAUCUUCACUUCGAUUACAAAGACAUUUUAUAUUGUUCUAAGGUUGACCUUCUUGGAUGUGACACGCACGGUUUUUUGCGCUUCUACUGUCCAGUCAACACGUACGUUCCGGUCAAUUUUCCAACUCCAAAUACGCAUUUGAAACUCAGUAAGGCCUCUCCUCAGAAUUUUACGGUGGAACUCAACUUUCGCACUAACUACGGUAAAGGUAUUUUGGUUUACAAACAAGCUUCUCAUGCGCGCCUCUACCUUUCUCUGGUAUCAAGCAGGCUUGAGCUUAAAAUAUCUGUAGGAACUGAAAAACCGGUCAAAAUAAGUGUUGGUGAAGAUUUAAGUGAUGGCAUGUGGCACUACGUCAUGGCUGGAGUAACACGUAAAGAACUUUGGUUGAAGUUGGAUUCCAAACCAAAGCUCCGUCACGAAAACCCCUUGUUGGACCGAAUCGGUAAAUUCCAAAAUCGUGUUCAUAUUGGCUAUGGAACACAUAGUGAUGGAUUUGUUGGCUGCAUGCACCAAAUAAGGUUGAACGAUGAAUUAGUAAAUUUGAAAAGAUUAUCCGGCUCUCGUAUAAACGGAGCGGUCAUCGACCGAUGUAAAAUUACUAGUAAGUGUUUUCCAAAUCCUUGCGAAAACAGUGGCCGCUGUUUACAGACAUGGGAAACUUACACGUGUGACUGCGAAGGGACGUUUUACCGAGGAACCCAGUGUGAGGAUCCUCUUUUCCGUGCUACAUGCCACGAAUACAAAAUACUGGGUAUGGUCCAGGAUGCAUAUUGCAAAGUGGAUCCUGAUGGCACUGGACCGUUAGGGGCCUUUGAAGUGUUGUGCAACAUGACAGCCUCUGACGCGGCCAAGACAGAACUACACCACAACAAGGAGGGCAAAUAUCCCGUGACGCGGGAAGCCUCGCGCGUCGAUAGCUAUUACUUUCAACGCAUCGCGUAUGGAACUGACUUGGCCAGCAUUCGUGCAUUGAUUCAGCGUAGCGGAAACUGUCGCCAGUACAUCAGUUAUCACUGUUACAAUUCAAAACUGUUGAAUUCUCCCGUUGGUCCUGAGAAUGUGCAGUGGUUAUCAAGUACCGCAGUCCCGCAAAAUUACUGGGGAGGUGCGAGGCCUGGAAGUGGCAAGUGCGCAUGUGGAGAGACGAAGAGCUGUGCAGAUCCUUCAAAAUAUUGUAACUGUGAUGCCGACAGCAAAGAUCGGUGGAGGGAAGACUCUGGUGAGUAAAAAUCAGUGGCAUGGCUAUGGGCUUCGUUGAAUGCAUUUAGGCCCAAUUACUUAACAAUAUAUAUUAACGCUUUCCUAUACAUGAAAAGAAGAAAACCCUCCAAAAAAUUUUGCAUCACACUGAUUUUGAUAUCUUGAGAUGCAUUCAAUUUAUUUCGGCCAAAGGUUAACUGGUGUGACUGUCAGCUAACUUGAAAGAGUAAAUCACUCGUCUUGUGAAAAUUUAAAACCAAGUUCAUGUUUACAUUUACUAAAACUAAUUCAUGUCUCUCGCGAUCUUUGCUUUACAGGUUAUUUACACGACAAAUCAUCAUUACCAGUGAAUAUGUUGCAGUUCAAUUCGGAUGCCAAGGACUCUUUCUUCACUCUUGGUCCAUUAGAAUGUUUUGGAACCGGGAGUCGCGCUCCCGAAGAAGUGAGCAAUGCAAACUUUAUUUCGUCCGCCUGCAGAUUGGUUAACCCGCCCCCCACAGUGCGUAUUGAAACUGAGCCAGUGCAAAGAGCCACUACCCCAUCCACUAUUCCCAAGCUGCAGGCGGAAAAGACAGGCAGCACUACCACUAAAAGUCCAGGUAACAAUAGAAAUUCGUUGUCUUCCCUUAAACAUCACGUUACCAUGACGACCACUAUCGCAACGAAUAAAAACUCAACCCUGGUGACGUCAGUGUUUACUCACGAACCCAAGAGCGCUGGUGUGACAGUACAUUCUUCCAUUACCACAGGUAAAUCUGGCGUGACAGUGCACACAAGCAUCACCACCAAAGGAAAGACUGUCACACUGCCUCCUGUCACGCCGUUGGAGCCGAACAGAAGCCGCAACGUGACCGUUAUAACAAGAAGUAGCAUUGACUACAUCACGCGGGUUGAAGGAGGAGUUGUUUACGAUGCAAGGUUUAUAAUCUUGGUAGCUUCGUCCGUACUGGCCUUCAUUCUUCUCAUUUGUGUUCUCAUUUUCGUUUUCCUGAAGCGGUCUGGUCGCAGGUACGUGUGCUGCAUUUCCUGUAAGAGCUGCAGGAGGAACAAGAAUAUCCCGGAUAUUGAGGUGUAUCGCCAUUCGGUUCGCACGGAUUCUCCGGAUGUGGUCCAGCUGGAUGAGAUGGGGCACGGCACGAUGGAGGUUGGGGCCUACAAUAUGAGUAACGGCGCCACAGUUUACCACUCGGUGCAUCGAGAUUCGCACGUCAGAAAAUACGUGUCCUUUUCAGCUUCCACCUCCAAGCUCUGA